AUGACCGUGCUGGACAUGUGCGCUGCGCCAGGCAGCAAGGCCGGCCAGCUUCUCGAGAUGAUCCACCAGGGCGAGGAGGCUAGAGUGAGAAAGGUCCUGCGCGCGUACGCAAAGGAGGACGGUCUUGACCUCGGCGAGGAGACGGAGGAGGAGCGCCAGGCUGACCUCGAGGCCGACCCGACGGAUGCUGGCCGCACUACUGGCCUUCUCAUUGCCAACGACGCCGACUACAAGCGCGGCCACAUGCUUGUUCACCAGCUCAAGCGUCUUGGAUCCCCCAACCUGCUCGUUACGAACCACGAUGCCACCCAGUACCCCGCCAUCAAGCUCCCUUCCGACCCGGCGACCCCCAACAAGCCCCAGUACCUCAAGUUCGACCGGAUCCUGGCCGAUGUGCCCUGCUCGGGUGAUGGCACACUGCGAAAGAACAUGAACCUGUGGAAGGAUUGGCAGCCUGGCAACGCGCUGGGUCUCCACGUCACACAGGUCAGAAUCCUUCUGCGUGCCCUUGCCAUGCUCAAGGUCGGAGGUCGCGUGGUCUACUCCACGUGCAGCAUGAACCCCGUUGAAAACGAGUCUGUUGUCGCGGCCGCCAUCGACCGCGCAGGUGGUCCCGACAAGGUCGAGAUCGUCGACUGCAGCAACGAGCUGCAGGGUCUCGUCCGCGCUCCCGGCAUGCGCAAGUGGCAGAUCAUGGAUAAGUCCGGCAGACUCUGGGGCUCGCAGGCCGAGGUUGACGAGUACACCAAGAACAGCACCGACGGCAUUGCGCCCGGCAGAAUCGUCGACACCAUGUUCCCGCCUUUGGAGGGCAGCGUGUGCGCCGAUCUCCCUCUCGAGCGCUGUAUGAGAGUCUACGCUCACCAGCAGGACACUGGUGGCUUCUUCAUCACCGUCCUGCAGAAGAAGGCCGAGGUCAAGAUCCGCCCCGAGGAUCAAAAGGCCGACGACGCGACCAAGUCGAACGGAACCACCGCGGCUGCCACCCCCGCAACCGAGAACGGCACGGAGACGAAGCCUGAGGAGAAGACUGAAGAGAAGGUCGAGGAGAAGGCCGAGGAGGCCCCCGCUGCCGCCGAGGCCGCCGAGGCCCAGCCCGAGGAAAAAAGUGAGAAAAAGGCCACGACCGAGGCCGAGGUGCCCGAGCAGGAUGCUACGAACGGCGUUAAGCGAUCGCGAGAGGACGAGACGGCUGACGGUGAGACCCAAGAGACCAAGAAGCCCAAGCUCGAGGCGUCACAAGAUAAGCCUAAGAGAUCCAACCGCAACAUCCACGGCCAGGUCGAGGAACCCUUCAAGUACCUCGACCCCAAGCACGAGGUUAUCAAGAACAUCAAGACCUUCUACCACAUCUCGUCGCGCUUCCCCGAGGACCGCUUCAUGGUGCGCAAUGCCGCCGGCGAGCCCGCCAAGGCCAUCUACUACACCUCGGCGCUCGCGCGUGACAUCCUCGUUGAGAACGAGGGCCGCGGCAUCAAGGUCAUCCACGGCGGCGUCAAGAUGUUUAUGAAACAGGACGCCCCCUCGGCCGAGAUCUGCCGCUGGCGCAUCCAGUCCGAGGGCAUGCCGAUCCUGCAGGGCUACGUCGGCGAGCAGCGCGUCGUCCGCCUCACGACCAAGGAGACGCUCCGCCGCCUCCUGAUCGAGAUGUUCCCGCGCAUCGCCGACGGCGAGUGGGAGAAGAUGGGCGAGAUCGGCGCGCGCGUCCGCGACAUCGGCAUGGGCUGCUGCGUGCUCCGCGUGGAGCCCGAUGGCUCGGAUCCGGCCUUUAGCGAGCGCAUGGCGCUGCCGCUGUGGAAGAGCAUCCACUCGCUCAACCUCAUGCUGCCCAAGGAGGACCGCACGGCCAUGCUGCUGCGCAUCUUCAACGACACGACGCCGCUCAUCAACAACAGCCUGCAGAAGCAGCGCCAGAUUGACGAGGCUGCCAAGGCCAAGACUACGGAGGACGCCCAAGUCACGGAGAAGGAAGACAUUGACAUUGAGGACGCCCCUACGCCCGAGGAGAUGGACGCCGACGUGCCCGAGCCCGCCGCCGACGGCGCCGCCACCGCGACUACCGAGGACUCUUGA